GGUAGACCCCCCCCCCCCCCCCACACACACACACACCCUUAUGUACCGCUGGGUAACUUGUAGUCACGGUUCUCCUUUAAAUCCCCUCCGUGCCCGGGUACCACAUCUGCCACUACCAUCAGCAGCGGUAGCGCAGCUUCUUGAUGUUGUGGUCGGGAAUACGCAUGCGCCCGGCAUUGGAAUUACUGCACUGGGAAGAAUAAGUUGGACCUCGUCCGUCUUCGGUAAAAGAAAAAGACACACAACAUAAGUAUGUCGGUGUUCAGGAUCAGAAGAAUGAGGUGUUUCGGGGUUUGGUUCUUCCCUCUCGUGGUGACCGUGGUGUGCGUUCAAAGUGCCGGUGUCAAUGAUCCUAGCAAUAUGUCUUUGGUUAAAGAAACGGUGGAUAGGCUGUUGAAAGGUUAUGAUAUACGAUUGAGGCCAGAUUUCGGAGGUCCUCCGGUCGGAGUGGGAAUGAACAUAGACAUCGCCAGCAUAGACAUGGUGUCAGAAGUCAAUAUGGACUACACGCUGACGAUGUACUUUCAGCAGGCCUGGCGAGACAAGCGACUGUCCUACUCGGAGAUCCCCCUCAACCUGACCUUAGAUAACCGGGUGGCUGACCAGCUGUGGGUCCCCGACACCUACUUCCUCAACGACAAGAAAUCCUUCGUCCACGGCGUCACGGUGAAAAAUCGAAUGAUCCGACUGCACCCGGACGGUACCGUACUGUACGGCCUCAGAAUCACUACCACCGCUGCUUGUAUGAUGGACCUGAGAAGGUAUCCACUGGACGAACAGAACUGCACACUCGAGAUAGAGAGUUAUGGCUACACUACAGACGACAUUGAGUUCUACUGGCGGGGGGGAAACAAUGCUGUGACAGGGGUGGACAAGAUCGAACUGCCUCAGUUUUCCAUCGUGGAUCACAAUCUCAUCUCCAAGAAUGUCGUCUUCUCCACAGGUUCUUACCCUCGUCUGUCCCUUAGUUUUAAACUGAAGCGAAACAUCGGGUACUUCAUCCUGCAGACAUACAUGCCUUCCAUACUCAUCACGAUCCUCUCCUGGGUCUCCUUCUGGAUCAACUACGACGCCUCUGCUGCCAGGGUGGCUCUGGGUAUUACCACGGUGCUGACCAUGACGACCAUUAACACCCACCUGAGAGAAACCCUCCCCAAAAUCCCCUACGUCAAGGCCAUCGAUAUGUACCUCAUGGGCUGCUUCGUCUUCGUCUUCCUGGCGCUGCUGGAGUACGCGUUGGUCAACUACAUAUUCUUUGGACGCGGCCCACAGCGUCAGAAAAGGGCGGCCGAGAAACUAACCACAGCUAACAAUGAAAAGAUGAGGAUGGAUCCCAACAAGUGGCUGGUAGGGAACGUAGUUGGCCGAGAUGAUACUCUGUAUGCAAGAAUGAAACAAAGGGAUCUUGAUGGUCAUGACUCCAUUUGGGAACCGAUCUUUGUGGAUGAUGGAGCGAUUGGACUUGGCGAACAAAAGAACAAGAUGGACCCACAUGAAAACAUCCUUUUGGGCACCCUGGACAUCAAGAACGACAUGGGCAUCUCCGAGCUGGCGCUGGGCCUCAACGACCCGCGCAACACCAUGCUGACCUACGACAGCUCGACCCUGCAGUACCGCAAAGCCGGGCUCGCCAGGCACAACUUUGGGCGAAACACGCUGGAGUGUCACAUGACUCAAAAGAAGAGCCGGCUACGGAGGCGCGCGUCCCAGCUAAAGAUCAACAUCCCAGACUUGACUGAUGUAAACUCUAUUGACAAAUGGUCGAGGAUCAUCUUCCCGACGGUCUUCUCCUUAUUCAACAUCAUUUAUUGGCUUUACUACGUCAAUUAAAAGACGCAAAGGACAGUGAGUGCGAGAACAAAUAGCAAAACAUGUUGCUCAUUUGUUGUUUGUAUUCGGGUUGUUUCAUUUUUAUGUGAUCUUGUAAAACUGGACUGAAUUACUUUAUUCAGAACUGGAACUAUCAUAUAACACGUAAAAACCUUAUAAAAGAGAGAUUACAAACAUAUAAGGUGCCUGUUCCUGAGUAAUUGUCUCAAUUUGUACAUACUGUGUGCAUUGUGAAUCCUGCCAUUUUAUUUGUAUCUUUCUGGAUACUUUUGUAUUUUUUUAUUAUGUUAGAUCCACAGCACACAUAAAUUAAAUUAUUUGCCAAAAAUAUCAUAUCAGUUAGAAACCAAUUGACAGUUGACACAAAAUUAUUGUGGAAUAUUAUGACACAACUUAAUAGUGUUUAAUAGUGUUUUGGGGAUGAAUUAUGUCAAACACACAAAAUGUGUAGUUACUCACAUUAAUUUCAUACUAACAUGAGGUUAGUAUGUGUACAACAUGAUGUACUAUCAGAGUAACUUAUCAAUCUUUUUCUACUUAUAUAUUAUAAUGGGAGCGCUAAAGGAUUUAUUUCUAAGCAUCUUCUCAGUUAAUAAACCAUUUUAAUACAGAAACAUUAUGUAAUAUUAGCAAAGAGCAUUCCAAAAAUUCCAGGUUUUAACUCUGAUUGCACUAAGGGAAAAAAAUGUAUAUAGGGAUUCUUAUUAUUAUAAGGAUACUUUGACAGACAAAAUUCCCCUUUCAGCCUUCUAUACUCACUUCCUGUAUUUACAAAAUUGAUAGAAAAAAAAGUGUGAACUGCCAAAAAGGCACUUUAUAUAAAGUCUACAAUGGAUAGAAAAGCACAAACAGACUUCAAAUAUCAGCCUUUGACACCAUUAUUCAAUAACAUUUCUUAUCUGUUGGUUGCCUAUAAGUUAUCUAUGGCUUUUGUAUGAAAAGUCCUCUCAAUUGUGCAUCAUUUUCAGAUUAAAAAUACAGCGAUUCUCAUGAUAGGAAAUAGCCGUAAAUCCCAAACCAACAUUUAAUUGACGAUUGCAGAUUAUUUACUAAUGAUGCUGUUCUUUGGACAAAACGUAGAUUUUUAUAAAAUAUUUUGCACAUACAUUUUAAAAGCCAUAGAGGCUGUAUUGUUCUUCUAACACCUGGUGCUUAAGGCAACUGCAUCACAAAGAGGAACUUUAUCAAUACGAUUACAGUCACACAGUAUGUUUCAGUUACAGCAAGGUUAAAAUGUGGAAAUAUAAGUAGCAACACAGAAGAAUAAGUUUCUUAUCCAUCUCCCUGUAGAUUUUCCACACAAUCUAUGUGAAUAAACUCUGGCUUCAUGGUGUUAUUCCAGUAUUCACAUACCACCAAAUCAGAAGCCAGACCCUCUGCAAAAGAAGGUGACUCCAAACAUCCUUCAAAUUAAGGACUGGAUUCUUUAUUCUCGGGAUUGUUUUGAGUUCACCUGACAAAGACACAAUCUAAAAGGUCCAUUUCUCCUGGAAUGCCAUCAUUAUGGUUGUGGAAGUGCGUGUGUGUAAACACUUAAUGUUAUCAUGUUUCAUUUAAUGCAUGCUCUGUACAGUAGUAACGCCUUCAUUCUCCGUUCUUUGCUCACUUUUCUCCUUUUUCACUGAAUUAUUUCAUUUAAUGAAUUCACUAAUUCCAUUUACAAUUGAGCAAACAUGAGUCUGUGAUUGCAAUUUAUUAACUGUGUCUGAUUGGUAUUUCAAAUAUUAACAAUGCUAUCAAGAAUAUUUACAUUUUUCUAAAAAAGCAUUUACAUAAGAGUUCCAACUGUUUUAAAAAUAACCUUUUUUUCACAAGCACUGCCAGAUAACUGAAAUGUAAGCUUUGAUUGAACAUUGUGUCCCGUUUUCAAUUACAAUAACCUCAGCGGUGUUUACAUGUUACUCAUUAAAAUGAACCAUUUUCACAUUGUGGUGAUCCAGGUAUUGAAAAAGUAAAUAGUUUUUUUUGAUCGUUCUGGUAAUUUUGGUUGAUCAAAUUCUUCUCAUCUUUCUUUCUUUUACUUGUUUAUUUUUCAGGAUUCAUUCAAACAAGAACACACAAAAGGGAUCCAGAUCUACUUAUACAGAUUAUAAGCACGUUGUGCAUUUUUCUAUAGAUGAGGAUGAGUUGGAAUGAAUUCAGAUUCAGAAUCAAACACAUGUAGUAUGUAUAUAUAUAUCUCAUAACAUAGUAUUAAUCAUCAAUUGGUUCAUUUGAAUUGUGUAAAUAUCGUUUUUUUUGGAACAUACAAAGAGGACAUUUUGAAUAUGAUUUAUACAGUAAUGUUGAGAGAAUGCAAAGGCUGAUGUUCAACCAUGUAAAUAGUCUAUUUUGCAGUGUCACUUGAUCACCUCUGGUUUUCUUUUCGCUCUAUUUGUUUUGCCAAAAUGUAACAUAUAUUCUGUAUUCAUGAAUGUAGUUGAUAUUCGUUUGCAGCAUGUUUUUGCUGCAAUCUGUCAGCAAAAGUAUUACAAUUAUUUGUACCAAUGAUCAGCUACAAACACUCACACACACACACACAUAAACUGGUCCGGUGAUAAAGAGGCUGGCGAUGCCUUUGUAUCAACCUGAAAGUCAACCAUCUCAGGUCAGCACAAUUCACUGGUUGUAACAACAAUACAACCACAAUCUGAAUUUCAGACCCAAGAAUUAAAGUACUUUAAAUAGUUUGCUUUGUCCUCUGUUUAACACGAGGUCACGCACGGCACACAGUUAGACUACAAACAGAGCAGCAUAAUUUUAGCAUUGGCAGAAAAUAAACACCAAAUUGAUUUAAAAAUACAUUCAGGCGCUGAAUCCAAAUCCGCCUCAAUGUAUCCAACACAAAUUUCUUAAAAUUUCCGAAUGAUACUGAUGGAUGCUUUAUGUGAGUGUGAGAGUGAGAGGUGGAUGUGUGUUCACCAGAGGGAAGUGUGUUUCCAAAGCACAGUAGCACCUUGCAAGAAAGGUCUGCUUCAUGAGUUCUACACUUUAAAUAUGUGUUUGUACUUCACGGCGCUUUUUUUGUUUCAUAUAUUUUUAUACUUCUAUACUCCUGUGUAAAAAACAACAACUGCAAACACUGUUUUUGGGGCGGAAACUUGUAAAUCCAAUUUUGGCAAUUUUCACAUUUAUACUAUACAGAAUGAUUACAUUCUACUCCAGUGAUUCUGGAAACUUAAAACGUAAAAAAAAACUCCUGUCAACAUCCCUUGUAUAGAGUUGAGAAAAAAAAGACACGGGUUUACCUGGUUUGAAAAUGGCUUUUGUGUCUAUAUUCCUGGAAAGUUAAGGUUUUUUUGGAAACGCAAGGUUCAUCACACAACAGAGUCUUUUGUGGAGAUCUCGGACAGAGUGACGUUCUGAAACGACACACAUCUCGGUGACGGUGUAUGUUUGCACACACUCACAGAAGAAGCCUUAGCCUCCUGCUACCCUGGACUUCACUCCAAGGAGCAAUUUAAUCCUUCUACCCUCUCGCGACACCCUCCACCUUGAACCCCCCCCCCACCCCUCCUCGUAUGUGCCACUCACAAGAACAUCCCCUGCAGCCCGGAGGCGCACCCUUCUCAAAGCUAAGCCCCCGUACGAGUCCGUGUCUGUCUUAACUAUGAAAAACCUAUGGAGAUGAGUACCUUGUCAAUAAAUAUUGUAUACAGUUCUAAA